AUGGUGGCCACGCCCCUCUCUCAUCAUCCUCCUUUAUCAACCGGCUACGCGACUGUCAUUCUCCACCGGAUUAAAGCGCGAUCCCAUCAGUUCAUACCGAUCCCAACCGCGGUGUCGCCGUUUCCGAAUUGCUCGUCCGCCCACGGCCCCAGUUACGUUAUCUCCCAACGACAAAGUCAAGCGCAUCGCCGCACCGAACCUCCUGAUUAUGUCCGAUGCCGCCGCUGCGGCAUACGUGAGCGAGCACUUCAACUUCAACACCAACACUAUGCCGCUCGGCACCUGCGUUUGCGAUGGCCCCAAUAA